GUCCAACGUGUAACUGGGUUCCGAGGUCUGGAUAGAUUCAUGCUGCAGCAGGUAUGAAGAUGACACCGCAAAAUAUCUUCCUCCUGCUUCUUUUGGAAAUUGCACUGGUUGAGAAUGUUGCAUUGGCCAGAAAAACACAGCAUGCAAAACAAUCCAAAGUGAGCACAGGGGAUGAAAUCGCAGCACAACAAUAUGUUGAGGAACGAUGCGUUGGCAAGGCCUUAGAUUUAGUCUUCAUCAUUGACAGUUCCCGAAGUAUACUUCCUCCUGACUUUGAGAAAGUGAAGGAAUUCAUCAAAAACAUCCUUAAAUUCCUGGACAUUGGUCUGGCCAAGACGAGAGUGGGCCUUGUCCUCUACGGAAGCACUGUCGAAAGUGUGUUCUCCCUCAAAACCCACAGGAAGGUGGAGGACAUGAUGAGCGCAGUUGAGGAGAUGGUGCACCUGGCAACUGGCACCAUGACAGGGCUGGCCAUCGAAUACACGAUGAACGUGGCAUUCUCCACUCAGGAGGGGGCAAGGCCGUUCGAUUGGAACGUACCACGCGUGGCGAUUAUUGUGACGGACGGGCGACCCCAGGACAAGGUGGCAGAAGUAGCAGCUCAAGCAAGAGACUCAGGAAUUCUAAUAUUCGCCGUGGGUGUAGGGAGAGUCGAUAUGCAGACACUCCAGCUGAUUGGGAGCGAGCCACAUGAGAAACACGUGUUCUUUGUGCAGAAUUUCAGCAUGAUCCAAACUCUCCUCUCUGAAUUCCAAACCAAAAUAUGUGACACGGAUCUCUGCGGAGUGAUUGGCCAUGGAUGUGAACAGAUAUGUGUCAACACGCCAGGGUCUUUCAUUUGCAAAUGUAAAAAAGGAUUCGUCCUCAACAGUGAUCAGAAAACCUGCCGAAGAAUUGAUUUCUGUGUCCAGGCCAGGCACAACUGUGAACAUGAUUGUGUGAGCACGGAGGACAGUUAUCUCUGCAGAUGUCGGAAAGGAUAUAAACUUCACCCCGAUGGCAAGACAUGUCUGCAGUGUAUCCAUGGAGCUAUGGACCUUGUCUUCUUCAUUGAUGAAUCCAAAGGCCUUGGAACAAAUCAUUUCCGCUCAGUGAAACAGUUUGUCAACAGCAUCGUGGAUGGCUUGGAAGUUGCACCAAACGCAACUCGAGUGGGUCUGGUGCAGUAUUCCUCUAAGGUGCGGAAUGAGUUUCCUCUCCGACGCUACAGCACUGUCAACCAGGUCAAGGCUGCAGUGAGUCGAGCUAAAUCCAUAGGCCAACAGCCCACAAGAGGACGCCCUCGGAGACAGAUCUUUAAAAACAGCUUCAAGGUGGCCGAAGGAGCUCGAGCCCUUGCAGAAAACGUUCCGAGGAUAGCAAUUGUGCUCACUGAUAGCCGGCAACAGGCCGAUGUUGUGGAAUGGGCAACUGAAGCAAAGCAGACUGGUAUCAAUAUAUUCGCUAUUGGAGUUGGCAAGGCAACUGAAGAACAACUACAACAAAUUGCUUCAUUGCCACAUGAUGAAUACCUGCAUUACACAAAAGACUUCAGGACCAUGGGUGAAAUAGCAGAAACAGUCAAACUACAAAUUUGUCAAGGAACUCCAUCACUUGGUGAUCAAUGCAAAUGUGAAGCAAUGGUGUUGUUCCAGAUUCAAGCUAAAGAAGAAAUACGGACAUUAAACCAGAAAUUGGAAGAAGUGAUGAACAGGCUGAAGAUUGUGGAGAACUCUUUCAAAGCCAAGUAAAAUGGAAUAUACUUUUCUCUUUAAUUCCUAUAAACAAAGACUUUAGUUUGGUGGAGAGAGUUGUUUUCUGAUCAGGUUAUUAGAUAACUCAUUUUGUACACUUUAUUGAUGAUAUGGUAUUUACAAACUGGCAAAGGGAAAAUGAUUAGUGCCUUAUCCAUUUCUGAAAGAAACUAAAUCCUUUUUACCAUGUGUUACAUAUUUUUAUUAGAAAUAUAGACAACUCACUUCCACUUCACCGAUAAUGUGUAGAGAAUUAUUAGUUAAUUUUAAGACUGCUAUUAUAACUCAGCAUGAAUAAAAUGUGCAUACUUAACGAAUAUUGCCAGGAUUAUUGCAAAAACAAUUCAGGGCUGUUUGCCUUUUGCUGCAAAAAGCUAUUGUUCUCAUCAUCCUUCCCACUGGUUGAACAGUUAACACACCUAACAGUUUAUAUGUUAAAACAAAUAAAAAGAGGAUGUCAACCAAA